ACUGAAACUAGUCUUUUCCUUCGGCGUGUGUGAAAAAUCAAGCGUCUGAGUCAAUCACCUUAAACGUUGUAUUUUUUAUUUUUGUUUGAUGGUAUAACCUAGAUUUGAGAUUAUCUUCUAUUUUUUUUAUUCUGUAUACCUGAGCAAAGAAAAAUGGCAGAGACUAAUAUUUCAGUGCCUCAGGAUCAGUUCAGUUGUCCAAUCUGUCUGGAUCUAUUCAAUGAACCAGUGACUAUUCAGUGUGGACACAGUUUCUGUAUGGGAUGCAUUAGUGACUGCUGGGAUCAGGAGGAUCAGAAGGGAGUCUAUAGCUGUCCUCAGUGUAAAGAAACCAUCACUCCAAGACCUGCUGUGAGUAAAAACACUGUUCUGGCUGAAGUAACAGAGAAACUAAAGGCAGAUCUUCGAUCUCCACGUCCUGCUUAUUGUUCAUCUGUAACUGAAGAUUUGGAGUGUGAUUUCUGUACUGGGAAAAAAGACAAAGCUGUCAAAUCGUGUCUGGUGUGUUUGACCUCUUUCUGUGGGACUCACCUUCAACCUCACUAUGAAUUUCCUGCCUUUAAGAAGCACAAGCUGGUGGACGCCUCCAAAAGACUCCAGAUCUGCUCUCAUCAUAACAAACUGCUGGAGGUUUUCUGUCGCACAGAUCAGCAGUGUAUCUGCAUGCUGUGUAUGUUAGAUAAACAUAAAGGACAUGAUACAGUAUCAGCUUCAGCAGGAAAAGCUGAGAAACAGAAGCAGCUGUUGAAGACACAAAGAAAAUGCCAACAGAGAAUUUUGGAAAAAGAGAAGAAACAUCAGGAGCUGGCAGAAGCUGUGGUGUUUUAUGAGAAGUCUGCACAAAGAGCAGUUCAGGAAAGUGAGAGGAUCUUCACAGAGAUGAUCAAAUCCAUGGAGAGAAGACGUCAUAAGGUGAGAGAUCUGAUCAAAGCUCAAGAAAAAGCUGCAGUGAGUCGAGCUGAAGAAGUCAUGACGCAACUAGAGCAGGAGAUCGCAGAGCUGAAGAGAAGAGAUGCUGAGAUGGAGUGGCUUUUACAGGCAGAUUCCAUCUGUUUCCUCCAGGGUUUCUCGUCUCUCUUGGACACUCCCGUAUCGGAAGAAUUGGACUCCAUCAGACUCAGUACUUUCCUCUCUCUUGAGGAUGUAACAGCAUUUGUGGCUCAGCUGAAGGACAAAGUGGAGGCUUUCUGCUGUGAGGAGGUCAGAAUGGUAUCAAAUACAGUAAAAGAACUCCAGAUCCUUCCACUUCCUGAACCCAAAAGCAGGGAAGAGUUCCUACAGCAUUCCUAUCAAUUCACAUUGGAUCCCAACACGGUAAAUAAACACCUAUGUCUGUCUGAGAGGAACACGGUGGUGACCUGCACUGAAACUACACAAUCAUAUUUGGCUCAUCCAGAAAGAUUUGAUUAUUAUCUCCAGGUGUUGUGUAGAGAAGGCAUCUGUGGACGCUGUUACUGGGAGCUGGAGUGGACCGGCCGUCAUGGAGUCUCUAUAGCAGUGUCAUAUAAAACCAUCAGCCGGAAAGGAAAAGGUACUGAAUGUUUGUUUGGCCGAAACAAUCAGUCCUGGAGAUUGUUUUGUUAUCCUUCCCGCUACUCGUUCAGACAUGUUAAGAAAGAAAUUCAAAUCCCAAUAAUACCCAGCUCCUCUAGAAUAGGGGUGUAUGUGGAUCACAGGGCAGGAACCCUGUCCUUCUACAGUGUCUCGGAAACCAUGAAGCUGCUUUACAGAGUUCAUACCACAUUCACUCAGCCUCUCUACCCCGGGUUUGUGGUGUGUUCAGGAUCCACAAUUCAUUUGCAGUCAGCAGAUACAUGUGUGAAAAAAAACCGUUGGAUUGAGUUACACUUGGAUUGAACGUAACUUCAGAAAUAUGCAGUUAAAAAAAUUAAAGUAUAUAAAUAUACAGUAUGUAAAGAAAAAAGUGUUUCUGUUGUAAUAUUCCUGAUACACCAGCAGACUUGGGGUGGCAGUGCAGUGAAACAGCAGAAGAAUGAAUGGCAUUAA